AUGGAGCAGAGGAUAUCUCGACAGGUACAGCAUGCUCUGCAGGUUCCUCUCCACAGAAGGGUUCGCAGGGUCAAGGCCCGAGAGGAUAUGAGACAUUCGAGAGGACGGACCGCAGAAGCCAAGUGGUGGAGGGACUUGGGCUUGGGCGAGCACAUUAGCUUCACCAGAGAUGGGCUGGUGGAGAGCUACUUCAUGGCGGUGGGGCAGAUGUAUGAGCCACAGUUCUCACAGUACAGGAUGCAACUCGCCAGGGUCUCCUGCUUGAUGGCCACCGUUGAGGACAUCUUCAGCGAGCAUCAGUCUGUUGAUGAGCUCGAACGCUUUGUGCAAGUUGUUGAGAGGUGGGAUCUUCAAGCGGCAGAGCAGCUGCCAGAGUCACUGAGGGUCUUCUAUGCGGCUGUCUACAACACGACCAACCAGAUCAGCUACACUGUUCUUAGGAGGCAUGGCCAUGAAAUCACUUCACACAUGAGGAGAGCGUGGGUGGGUGUGUGCAGAGCUUACUUGGUUGAAGCAUGGUGGCUCCGUGCCCAUCAGACACCAAGGCUAGAGGAAUAUUUGAGCAACAUCCGGGCAGCCAUUACCGGCCCUAUUCUCCUUCCUGCCUACUUCUUCCUCUCCCAAAACAUUGAGGAACAAACAAUCCAGCAGCUGCAGUCCGAGUUCAACAUCAUCAACUUGUCAUCGAUGAAUGGUCCUAACUGUUUUGAGCUUGUCGAUUCAGACGUUAACAAUCCAACCAUUAUGGAGCCAUUGGACGACAUUAUCCUUGUCACAGGGGUUCAAGAAAUCAAGGUUUCAGUCCGCAAUAGGCGGCAAAAGAUGCAGCCAUUCGCUGAAUUUCCUCCUCUAAUGUGCUCGCUCGACAAUGAUGAACAAGAACUUCCACGGGGCCUUGGUGUGAAGAACAAAAUCAAGGAGAUUAUUGCUAGUGAAGCUGGUUAUAUGCACAGCUUCUCUGUCCGCAAACCGCUGCCAUGGCUUCUUCCAGUUCCUCCAAACUUCGCAUCAAAGGACCUUAUCAGCAUCAUUCGCUGGGACGACAAUGGUGACACCGCCAUCAGUGUUUCAACUGGGCCUGGUGCAGCAGCAGAAUUUUGUGCGUGA